AAAUAGUUCAUCAGUGAUGUGUACUUCAAGUUUCUCAUCCCUGUCCGAUCCCCAGGGAUACGGAGAAGUGAAUCAAUUGGGAGGUGUGUUCGUGAAUGGUCGGCCACUACCUAAUGCAAUCAGAUUGCGUAUUGUAGAACUGGCACAGUUAGGUGUCCGACCCUGUGAUAUUAGUAGACAAUUGCGCGUAUCUCAUGGUUGUGUGUCCAAGAUAUUGGCCCGGUAUCACGAGACCGGGUCUAUACUUCCGGGAGCUAUUGGCGGCAGUAAACCAAGAGUUACGACACCCAAAGUUGUGUCGUACAUAAGAGAAUUGAAACAAAAAGACCCUGGUAUAUUUGCCUGGGAAAUCAGG